UCAACGAAGAAGUAGAGAGAGGGACGAGAAAGGAUGUCGAACGAGGGGCCACUAUUGAUCAUGCAAAAUUUUGCUGGUGGUACAAGUGCGACACGAAGGACGCUUCCGAGACGUACAAGCGAUGUUCGGGAUGUAAGGCUGUAUCGUAUUGCUCACCCGACCAUCAAAAGCUUGACUGGAAGGAGGGCGCACACAAAGAUGUAUGCAUGAUUUUGCAAAACGCCUGAAUACAUUUACAAUUUGAUUCCUUAUGUGAAUGCUAAAUUUGGGUUCGGGCGCGUAUAUGACCAUAUAUAAUUUUACGUAAUCGGCCGAUCCGAGGGCUAAGCGCCAAACAUCGCUAGCAGCAGGAACGAUGGCGCUACGGGUUGGGUACAUCCGCGAACAGUUCGCAUCGCCACUUCUUCAGUUUGCAGAGGAGGAUAGGGGAAGAACGUUCACGCUUGUGGAAUGUCCAAGCGGCACCGGUCAAGUCAUCUCUCGCCUCACGAACAAUGAGGUAGAUGUUGCGAUAGCCCUUACAGAUCCACUGCUUGCUGGGAUUGCAAAGGGAUCGGCUGCGUAUAAGCUCGUCGGAAGCUAUGUCACAACGCCACUGAAUUGGGCUGUCAUUACGAGUUCGAAGAGCAAGCAUAAAAAGAUCGAGGACCUUCGAGGGACGACGCUGGGCAUUUCAAGGAUUGGAAGUGGAUCGCAUGUGAUGGCGUAUGUUAUGGCGCAGCAGCAAGGCUGGUUGGAUACUAAAACAAACCAGGUGGAGGAGAUGGCAUUUCAGGUGAACAACAAUAUCGAGGGCCUGGUUCGUUCCGUGAACGAUGGAUCAACAUCUGCGUUCAUGUGGGAAUGGUUUACUACCAAACCCUGGGCUGACCGAGGAGAUGUCCGGUUUAUAGAUUCUGUUCCCACGCCCUGGCCAUCGUGGAUGAUCGCGGCUCAGACGAAAGAUCCUUCCGAGUCGGAACCAUUCGACUUCCUUGUUUCAAAUUGGCUCGAGUCCUUAACUGUGUAUAUCAAUCGUUUUACCACCGCUGACACUGCAAUCCAAGUCAAGUAUAUCAAGGAUACCUUUGGGUACAAAGAGGAGGAUAUCAGGAGUUGGCUCAUCACAGUCGCCUGGACACUGAAGGCCAAGGACAUCAGGGAAAGUGUCUUGACUCAUACAUUAGAUGUCCUCCACAGCGCCAAUGUGAUACCAGCGUCAUAUACAGCCUCCUAUAGCCAUUAUAUCAAUACUACAGUGGCGAAUAUUAUUCUGACUGCGAACGAGUUAGCUAACGCUUCCAAGUAUGCUAUGAUGAGCAUGUUGGAAUAACAAGCAAGGACGGUCGCAGGGGCAUGAGCUUGGGAAAGAACUAUCGAGAUAUGAAUGUGUUGGCAAGGUCUAUAAAGAGGCAUAUCUGGACGAAACAUUAUUGAACUGUAGUCAUUAACUUGCAAAGAUUAACU